AUGCCGGGCGCUCGCCUGGAGGUCGAGAUCCUAAAAUCAGCAAUAAAGCAAAUGCUGAAGGCUUUGGAUUACAUCCACACCGAGUGUAAACUCGUUCACACAGACAUCAAAGCGGAUAAUAUCAUGCAGGAACUCAACGACACCGCUGUCCUUCAAAAGUUCAUGCAAGAUGAAGUAGAGAAGCCAUCACCUCGUAAAAUCGUCGGUGACAGGGUCGUCUAUCCUUCGCGGCUUUUUGACCCCCCAGAAGAGUUUGGCCGAGCCUUACUAUGUGAUUUCGGAUCAGCUGUUCAGGGAGAAGAAGAAAGAAAUCACAAUGCCCAACCUGAAAUUUACAGAUCCCCCGAGGUCAUGCUGAUGGUAGAUUGGAGUUAUCCGGCCGAUAUUUGGAAUCUGGGUGUUAUGGUGAGGGAUCACCUCUUCACUGGCCAACAUCCUACUCUCGGGAGGUACAUUACCCGCGCCCACCUUGCGGAGAUUAUCGGACUGCUAGGACCGCCACCUCAAGACCUUGUUCAAAGAGGUGUCAGAAGCCCCGAGUUUUUCGAUGAAGACGGGAAAUGGAAAGUAGAUGAUGUUGAAAUACAUCAGAGGACGUUGGAGGACUCAGAAUGCUACCUUGAAGGCAAAGAAAAGGCCAAAUUCCUGAAGUUCAUCAGGAGUAUGCUUCAAUGGCGACCUGAAAACCGGAAGACCGCUCUAGCUUUGCUUGAAGAUCCUUGGCUGAAUAGUUGA